UCACCACCUCUAUUUCUCCUUUCCUUUCUCUCUAAGCAAACCCACUCUCUAGUGUCUUAUGUGCUUAAUAUUUGGCAUCGACGCAACCCGAUGCCGGACCAAAUGCAUCCCACAACCGCCACCCCGGAUCCACCACAAGAACAACCACCGGAAACACUCCUAAACCUAAUAACAAACGUUCUCUCCCUCCUCCUCCUGUCCACCAUUACCGUCCAAUCCUUCAUUGGACGGUGGCAGGUCCUUCGCCCUAAACUAACCUCUCUCCAGUCCUCUCUUUCCUCUCUCUCCGAUUCCCCUCUCUGGCCCCAAAACCCUCUUCUUCAGACUCUUCUCCCUUCUCUCCUCUCCACUCUCCAACGCCUCCUUUCCCUCUCUCACCAAUGCUCUUCUACCAGUUCCUUCCUUGGCGGUAAGCUCCUCUUUCAAAGCGACCUUGAUAUCGCCUCCUCGUCCCUCUCCAAUCACCUCCACGACCUCGGUUUGCUUCUCAGAUCUGGAGUGCUUCACCAAUCCAAUGCUAUUAUUCUGUCUCAUCCAGGUCCCGGUUCUAACAAAGAGGAAUUAGUCUUUUUUAUCCACGACCUCUUCACCAGAUUACAAGUCGGUGGUGCUGAGUUCAAAAGGCCAGCAUUGGAGUCACUUCUUCAGGUCCUAAAUGAAGACCAAAAGUUAGCCAGUUUAGUUGCCAAGGAAGGAAAUAUUGGGUAUUUGAUUGGUUUGCUUGAUUUUAACAAUCAACCUUCCAUUCGAGAACAAGCAGUUUCGGCUGUUUCAAUUCUGGCUUCGUCCGACGGUGAAUCAAGAAAGAUUAUAUUUGAAGAGGGAGGAUUGGGACAUUUAUUGAGGGUUCUUGAAACAGGGUCAAUGCCUGUUAGAGAAAAGGCUGCCAUUGCGAUUGAAGCAAUCACAGACGAUCCUGAUAAUGGGUGGGCUAUUUCAGCAUAUCGUGGUGUUUCAGUCUUGAUUGAAGCGUGCCAAUGUGGAUCACAAGUGACACAGACACACGCAGUGGGUGCUAUUCGAAAUGUUGCAGGACUAGAGGAUAUCAGGAUGGCUUUAGCAGAGGAAGGUGUUGUACCAGUUAUAUUUCAUUUGCUUGUUUCAGGUACUAGCGCUGCACAAGAAAAGGCAGCUGAUUGUGUAGCAAUACUAGCCUCUUCCGGGGAGUAUUUUCGCACUUUGAUAAUACAAGAAAAGGGAUUGCAGAGAUUAAUGUAUUUGAUUCAGGAUUUGUCAAGUACUUCAUGUACAAUAGAACACAUUUUACGUGCAAUUAGCUCUCUCUCGGUAUCAGAUUCUGUAUCUCAGAUUCUGUCAUCAUCAACUGCUCUCAUUGUCCAUCUCGGCGAGCUUAUAAAACAUGGAAACAUAAUUUCGCAGCAAAUUUCAGCGUCUUUACUAGCUAAUUUAUCAAUUAGUGAUGGCAAUAAGCGAGCUAUCGCUAGCUGCAUGGGUUCAUUGGUAAAGCUGAUGGAGUCACCUAAGCCAGUGGGUCUACAAGAGGCAGGAGCGCUUGCGUUGCUGUCAUUGUUGACAGUCCGAUGGAACAAGAAAGAAUUGGCGAGGGAUGAAAAGGGUUUGAUGAAAUUGGUGAAGAUGUUGGAUCCUAGAUGUGAGCUCAUUGACAAGAAGUUUCCGGUGAUGGUAGUGGAUGCGUUAUUGAGUGGAAGGAGCGGUGGGUGUAGGAAGAGGCUGUUGGCCGCUGGAGUUUUCCAGCAUCUGCAGAAGUUGGCGGAGAUGGAGGUUGCUGGUGCUAAGAAAGCAUUGCAGAGACUUUCCGAGAAUAGGCUCAAGAGCAUGUUUUCUAGGACUUGGAGGGAAUAGGUACAAAAGACACUAACCUCCCCCGCCAAAAAAAAAAGGAUUCUUUGUGACUGUCCAAGUAGAAAAUCACUUUGGUGGGCAAACAUUAAACCGGCAUACAUGGCAAACUCCACACAAUUCUAUCUCACCGAUCUCUAAGAAAUUAUUUAUACACGAACUAUUCACACAAAUAUAUCGUAGUAUCUUGUGUCAAAAGCAUACGUGGAUGCGGUUUUUUAUGGAGUAUCCUCGGUUCUUGUCUUUUCAAUCUUAACGAUUGAUUUCCUCGUAAUCUGUAAGAGAGGCUAUGGUGAUUUGUCAUGUUUUUUUCUUCCUUUUCAAUUGGUUUUGCUUUUUUUUACCGAUCCUUUUGAUAAGUGCUCUCAUCCCAGGAGAGUUUUGUGUGUUCUUACCUGUAACAGCCAUAAGCGUGGAUUUUGUAAAGAGAGCGUCAAUGGGUGGAUGUAGUAAUCUCUCUGUUUUUUUUU